AAGGCACAGGGUGUCUUUGCCUCAGCUGAUGCCGCCUACGUGUUGGCCUUUUCCGUCAUUAUGCUGACAACCGACCUGCAUUCGAGCAAGGUGAAGAACAAAAUCACCAAGGAGGGCUUUUUGAACAUGACGCGGGGUAUCAACGACAACCGCGACCUGCCGCGCGACUUUGUGGAGGGCAUUUUUGAUGACAUCGCUCGCGAGGAAAUCAAGCUCAAGGGCAAGUCCGGUAAUCAGCGUUCGUACGGCUCGGAGCUGCAGAAUGCCACGCCGCGCGUCCGGGCCCAGCUCUACCACGAGGAGCGCAAGAACCUCGAGGCUUCGGCUGAAGAGGCCAUGACCAAGGCCCAUGCUGGUCGCACCGACUCUGAGUUUCUCACCGCCACGCAGUCGGAACACGUCAAGCCCCUCUUCCAGACUGUCUGGACGUCGCUCAUGGCUGGCUUUACAGUGCCUCUCAACGAGAGCAACGACACGCACGUCAUCGACGAAUGUCUGUUGGGCCUACGCCUGUGCAUCCAUAUCGCCUGUAUCUUUGAUCUUCAGCUGGAGCGCGAAGCCUUUGUUCCGGCCCUGGCCAAGUUUACCAACCUCAACAACUUUGCGGAGAUCCGUCCAAAGAACGUCGAGGCGGUCCGCUGCAUCCUGGACGUGGGCAUCCACGAGGGCGACUACCUCGGUGCCUCGUGGAAGGACAUUCUGACUUGCGUUAGCCAGCUCGAGCUCGCCCAACUGACUGGCAGCUCCAAUCGUCGCCGCUCAGAGUACCUGUCCGAGACCGCGUCGCAGGACAUUGUGGUGGCAGCGGACAAGAUCUUCACCUCCAGCAAGAAGCUGGAUGGCAAGGCCGUUGUUGAGUUUGUCCGCGCGCUCUGCGAGGUUUCCAUUGAAGAGCUGACGCAGCACACGCCCCCGCGCAUGUACAGCCUCACCAAGACGGUUGAGAUUGCCUACUAUAACAUGGAGCGCAUUCGCCUCGAGUGGGCGCACAUCUGGGCCAUCAUGGGCGAGUACUUCAACCGCGUCGGCUGCAUGACCAACGAGGACGUUGCCUUUUUUGCCGUCGACUCGCUUCGGCAGUUAUCAAUCAAGUUCUUGGAGAAGGGUGAAUUGGCCAACUACAGCUUUCAAAAGGACUUUUUGCGACCCUUUGAGUACAUCAUGUCCCACAACAAGUCGGUGAAGCUUCGUGACAUGGUGGUGCGCUGCGUUGCCAAUAUGGUUCAGAGCAAAGCCAACAACAUUCGCUCUGGCUGGAAGAACAUGUUUUUCGUCUUUUCACUGGCCGCCAGCGACAGCGACCAGAACAUUGUUAACCUAGCCUUUACCACCACCAAGCACAUUUUCGAGAAUUACUUUUCCAAGACCAACGAUCAUCGAGCAUCCCUGAUUGCUGCCUCCUUCAUGGAUGCCGUCAAUUGCCUCUCCGAGUUUGCAUGCAAUAGCCAUUUCCCCGAACUGAGCAUGGAUGCCAUCCGCCAGCUGCGCUUGUGCGCAUCGGCCGUGGCUGACAUGCCCGAACUGUUUACCAACCCCCAGGAGGAGGCGGAACCCGAGCCGCAGAUUUGGGUCCGCGGCUGGUUCCCCGUUCUCUUUGGCCUCUCCCGCAUUAUCGACCGUUGCAAGCUGGAUGUCCGCACACGGGCACUCACCGUCAUGUUUGAGAUUAUGAAGACGUACGGCGAGCAAUUUCUGGCGCAGUGGUGGACGGACCUCUUCCGCGUUGUUUUUCGCAUCUUUGACGGCAAAAAAUUGCAUGGCAUGACCACGGCUCAAGAACGCAAUGAGUGGAUGUCGACAACAUGCACCCACGCCUUGCGCUCGAUCGUUGAUGUUGUCUCCCAAUUCUUUGACACGCUCCAAGAGUGCGUCCUCCCCGACCUGCUCAAGCUUCUGGAGUGGUCCAUUUUGCAGGAAAGCGAACAAUUGGCACGGACAGGAGCAGAGUGCCUGCACAUUUUGGUCAUGAGCAAUGGCUUUAACUUCACCGACGCCAGCUGGUCUGCAAUUUGCGACUGUUUGAAGUCGCUCUUCACCAACACCAAGCCUGUGGAGCUUAUCGAGUUUGGGGCUGAGCAGCAGCGUCGAGCUCGUGAGCGUGCUGAGCAGAAGCAAAGGGUUCAGCAAAAGCAGCAGGCGUCGGAGGCCCAGAACAGCAGCGAUGCGAAUGGCAAGCCCAAAGGCCCGCGCCCCUCGGGUGACGUGGGCGGUGUUGAACAGGUGCAGGCUGUGGUGGCUGAGGGUGGUGCUGACACCAAGUCGACUGCCGAGCAGUCAUCUAGCAAGACCGAAGCCGGCGGUGCUCCGGCCGACAAGUCGGCCAAGCCUGCCAAGGGCGGGGCGGCACUUUUGGCAGAGGCGGCCGACGAUGCUGAUGCCACGCCGUUGCCCAAGCGUGCGGCACAACCACAGCCGAAUCAGCAAGCCCUCUUUAGCAAGAUCAUCAUCAAGUGUGUGGUUCAGCUUGAACUGAUCCAAACAGUCGAAUGGAUUGUUCUCUCCUCAACGCGCCCCGAGUCCGAGGCCCCGGUCAAGCGUCGUCUGCACGUGCCAUCCCUCUCUCAGGAAGGUAAUCAGACAGCGCUCAACCGAGGGCGAUACGAGCAGGAGGGCAAAGCGCUGGCCAUGCCGCUGGAUCAAGCUGGUGAGAUGUUUGCGUGUCUCACUUCGGAGCGCCUUUUAAUUUUACUGGGCUGCCUGGUGGAGAGCUACCAGUUUGCGCAUGAUUUCAAUGCCAACGAUGAUUUACGCACGGCGUUGUGGGAGGCAGGCUUCAUGCGUAACCGCAGCAAGCCCAAUUUGCUGAAGCAGGAAACAACGGCGCUCUCCUGUUCGUUGCGCAUCUUAUUUCGACUGUAUGAGACGGAGGACCGUCGCGAAAUUUGGCCUGAGGUCGAGGAGCGCAUCAACGAGAUGUGCAGCUACACCCUCAAGUGGUACUUGGCACACGUUGGUCCCGAUACACGUGAAAUUUGGCUGCCCAUCAUCAACUUGAUUCUCCGAGAGAUGUUGGCAAUGAGCGAUGAACGAUUUCAGGAGCAUGCUGCGCGUCACUUCAGCAGCGUGAUCGAGUGCGUGACCGUGGCCUGUGACUCGAGCUUAGGGGUCAAUGCUGUCUUUUUGGCCGCAUUUUUCAGCCGCUGUGGGCGGUUUAAGAUUUUGUAAGGCCAGGGCGUUUUUUUCUACUUUCCAACGCUCUGCUCAUUGGCUCGCGUUUCGUCUUCUCGCCUUCUUUUUGGCGUGAGCGAAGAAGUGUAUUAGGUGUGGUUCGUGCCGUAUUUGGACGUACCCGACUGGUUCAAUUGACAUGAGGGCAAU